UCCUUCUUCUUCUGAGCUUUGACCACGACAAGAACUAAAGCCUCUCCCUCCCUCCACCUCACAUCACAACACAAGAAAGUUCCUAUUUCCCACCACUUUCUCUCUCUCAUCUCUUCAAAGCCUCCAAAAGCUGCAACCUUUCUUUGUUUUUUCCCUCGCUCUCCGUUGAACCUUCCAAGUUUCCUAACCCCUUUCGAUUGUUUUCCAUUCUGGGGUUUUUGAAAUCACACCACAGUGGAGCUAGAAUCAGUUUUUUUAUUAUUUUAUUUUCUGUUUAUAGUUAUAGUGGCUUUUUUCUAAGGAAGUUCUAAUGGCUGUGUUCAUGAUUUUUUACAUGCUUGUUAUUAUAGCUUUGCCUGCUCAUGGAGAUGCUUUCAUUGGUGUCAACAUUGGUACAGAUGUCACCAACAUGCCAAGUCCAACAGAGGUUGUUGCCCUUCUUAAGGCUCAAGGUAUCCAACAUGUUAGACUCUAUGAUGCUGACAGAGCCAUGCUUCGUGCACUCGCUAACACAGGAAUCCGUGUAAUUGUUUCUGUUCCCAAUGAUCAGAUACUAGGCAUUGGCCAGUCCAAUGCCACAGCCGCAAAUUGGGUUGCACGCAAUGUCAUAGCACAUGUUCCUGCUACCAACAUCACUGCAAUAGCUGUUGGAUCCGAAGUCCUAACUUCCCUCCCUAAUGCAGCUCCUGUCCUAGUCUCAGCACUAAAAUUCAUUCAAGCUGCGCUAGUUGCGGCCAAUCUUGACCAGCAAAUCAAAGUCUCUACUCCACACUCUUCUUCUGUCAUCCUUGACUCUUUCCCGCCAUCUCAAGCAUUUUUCAAUAAAACUUGGGACCCUGUCAUGGUUCCCUUGCUUAACUUUUUGCAAUCAACAGGUUCAUAUCUUAUGCUCAAUGUGUACCCUUAUUAUGAUUACAUGCAAUCCAAUGGUGUAGUCCCUCUAGACUACGCUUUGUUCCGGCCCUUGCCUCCGAAUAAGGAAGCUAUUGAUUCCAACACCCUCCUGCAUUAUACUAAUGUCUUUGAUGCAAUUGUUGAUGCUGCUUAUUUUGCUAUGUCAUAUUUGAAGUUUACCAACAUCCCUAUUUUAGUCACAGAGUCAGGAUGGCCCUCCAAAGGCGACUCAUCUGAGCCGGAUGCAACCGUUGACAAUGCUAACACUUACAAUAGUAACUUGAUCAGGCAUGUCCUUAACAAUAGUGGGACUCCCAAGCAACCUGGAAUUGCAGUUAGCACUUAUAUUUAUGAGCUUUAUAAUGAAGACUUGAAAUCAGGUCCAGUGUCUGAGAAUAAUUGGGGGCUGUUUUAUGCUAGUGGAGCUCAAGUGUAUACCUUACACUUGACUAAUUCUGGUACUGUAUUUGCAAAUGAUACAACAAACCAAACUUUUUGUGUUGCCAAGAGUAAUGCCGAUUCAAAGAUGCUUCAGGCAGCACUCGAUUGGGCUUGUGGACCGGGGAAGGUGGAUUGUUCGCCUUUGCUGCAGGGUCAAUCGUGUUACGAACCAAAUAGUGUAGCUUCACAUGCUACAUAUGCUAUCAAUUCAUAUUAUCAGCAGAUGGCUAAAUCUGCGGGGACCUGUGAUUUCAAAGGAGUUGCCUCUAUCACCACUACAAACCCAAGUCACGGUUCCUGUAUAUUUUCAGGAAGUGGUGGUAAAAAUGUUACCAGCGUAAAUGGCACAGCAUUGGCUCCAUCAACAAAUUCCACAAAUUCAGGGUGCUUGUCCCAAUAUUACAAUGGUGGAUUUUUUACAAGCACUGUGAUUCUUACUUUAAUUUUGAGUGUAGUUGUCUUGUAAAACUACGCACUAACAUGUUCAGCAUUAGAAUCCUAUUUAAUGGUGACACACUCUUCAACUACCAUUUAAGAGAUUGCUGCAUACCCAUUUUUGUGUUCCUCAUUUAGAGGAUUUGAAGGAUGGCGAGGUUGGUCAAAAUGUAUAUUGGCAAUUGUAACGUGAGUUGUCCAUUGGAUUUUUGUACAAACGAACCAGAAGAAUUUAUUUAAAAUCGUUGAUGUAAUUACCUUGU